AUGGUGCGGAACGUGGACGACCUGGAUUUCCACGUGCCGUCGCAUGCGCAGGACAUGCUGGACGGCCUGCGGCGGCUGCGCUCACAGCCCAAGCUGGCCGAUGUCACACUUCUGGUGGGUGGUCGGGAGCUGCCCUGCCACCGCGGCCUCCUGGCACUCAGCAGCCCCUACUUCCAUGCCAUGUUCGCGGGCGACUUUGCUGAGAGUUUCUCAGCGCGCGUGGAGCUGCGGGACGUGGAGCCCGGCGUGGUGGGGCAGCUGGUGGACUUUGUGUACACGGGCCGGCUGACGGUCACGCAGGGCAAUGUGGAGGCGCUGACCCGCACGGCCGCCCGCCUGCACUUCCCCACCGUGCAGAAGGUGUGCGGCCGCUACCUGCAGCAGCAGCUGGACGCCACCAACUGCCUGGGCAUCUGUGAGUUCGGGGAGCAGCAGGGGCUGCUGGGCGUGGCCGCCAAGGCCUGGGCCUUCCUGAGAGAGAACUUCGAGGCUGUGACACGGGAGGACGAGUUCCUGCAGCUGCCCCAGGACCGGCUGGCUGCCUGUCUGGCCGGGGAGCUGCUGCAGGUGCAGCCGGAGCAGAGCCGGUUGGAGGCCCUGCUGCGCUGGGUACGCCAUGACCCGCAAGCCCGGGCUGUCCACCUCCCCGAGCUGCUCCGCUUGGUGCGCCUGGACGCCGUGCCCAGACCCUGUGUGCAGCAGCUGUUGGCCACCGAGCCGCUGAUCCGGGAGUCGGAGGUGUGCCGCGUGGCCCUGUCGCAGGGCCACGAUGAGGCACAGCUGGCCCUCCCACAGAAGCUGGAGGAGGUUCUGGUGGUGGUGGGUGGGCGGGCCUUGGAGGAGGACGAGGAGGGUGCCCAGGAGCCUGCCCCUCACCCCAGGAACUUCGCCUUCUACAACAGCAAGGCCCAGAGGUGGAUGGCGCUCCCGGACUUCCCCGACUACCACAAAUGGGGCUUCUCCCUCGCCACGCUCAACAACACAGUCUACGUCACAGGUGGCUCCCGGGGCACGAAGACAGACACCUGGUCAACCACCCAGGCCUGGAGCUUCCCUCUGAAGGAGGCCACCUGGAAGCCAGUGGCCCCCAUGCUGAAGGCCCGCACCAACCACGCCAGCGCCGCACUCAAUGGGGAGAUCUAUGCCAUCGGCGGCACCACCCUGGACAUGGUGGAGGUGGAGAGCUAUGACCCCUACACGGACGUCUGGACCCCUGUCCGCCCCGCCCUCAAGUAUGUCAGCAACUUCUCGGCGGCUGGCUGCGGGGGCCGGCUGUACCUGGUGGGCUCCAGCGCCUGCAAGUACAACGCCCUGGCUCUCCAGUGUUACAACCCUGUCACAGACAUGUGGAGCAUGAUCGCCUCGCCCUUCCUCCCCAAGUACCUGUCCUCUCCGCGCUGUGCUGCAUUGCAGGGAGCCCUCUACCUGGUCGGCGACAAUACCAAGAAGGUCUACGUGUACGACCCCAGGGCCAACCUGUGGCAGAAGGUGCAGUCCCUGCACAGUCUGCAUGAGAACGGCGCGCUGGUGCCACUAGGUGACACACUGUAUGUGACCGGUGGCCGCUGGCAGGGCAUGGAUGGCGACUACCUCGUGGAGAUGGAGGCCUACGACCGUGGGCGUGAUGCCUGGACCCGCCACGGCUCCCUGCCCCGCCUCUGGCUCUACCAUGGGGCCUCGACCGUCUUUCUGGACGUGUCCAAGUGGACCCAGCCCUUCAGCCCAGCCCAGGAGCACUGA